AUGGAGGAUAGAACAACGUACAAGCUGUCUCGUCUUAGCAAUCUCUUCACUCGCGUUUUAAUUUCUAGAAAUACUAGUUGUAAGGAUUCUAUUGCAGAAUCAAUUGAUAGGUUGGAUUUCAACGAUGAGAGUAUGUUUUCUUGUCAAGUUGAUUUCUCUGUCGCACUCGAUGAUAUUUUAAUGCGUGCUGUGUGCAGUUUGAAGGCAAACGUAGAGAAGGAGCCAAAUACGGUGAGCAUGCUUGGAAAACAUCUGGGCGAACCACUAUUUAGUAUGCCAUUAACGUUGCAGGAAUUGGCUUUACAGUGUUUUGUGACAGUGAACGGUAAUUUGGCUGCUGAAGAACAGAAUCAGUUUUUGAUGCAGUAUGAAAGGUCCUUGAUUAUACUCAUUAGAAAAAGAGUGUUUGUUCAAACGUCUUUCCUGCUUCGCGGCUUCUAUGGUGCAGAAUUUUGCGCUGAAUAUAUGACCGCUGCUUUUAUUCGGAUGUUUUAUCAACGGCAGAUACCAGAAAUUUUUGCCUACAAUUUAAUUAAUUAUUGUGCGGACGAAAAUUUGAUGGGCCGCGGUGUUAUAGCUGAGAUUUUCAAUCCUGUGUUGGAUUCUGCUAAAAAAUCAAUGUCUUACCAGCAAAUGUGGAAUAAAGACGAUCGAGAGGUGGCAUUCUAUCCGUACUCUCUUGUGAAGUUUCUAAUUUGUAUCAAAACUCCAACUAAUAAAAGGCCUAUUGCUGAAUUGUUAGUUUCUCGUGAUGACUUUAUUUGGGAUGUUCAGAGUGAUCUCGAAGGAUAUGAAUUCGCAAAACUCUGUUAUUUGGGGCCUUUCUUGGAGUAUAGCUCAGCUCCUUCUGAUACUGGAAGCUUAUCCACGUACGAACGAUUUUUCGAUUGUAAUCAACUUCCGGAAGAUGAAGAAAAGCCAAUGUUAUAUUCUGUUUUUCGAAAUGACUUAACACUUGUUAGGCGGUACAUGUAUCAAAUUUUGCAUCAGUUGUUAGUUAACACUCAAAGCCGUGACAGAACAUUAGAUUUCAUCACUCGUGUCUUAUCAGUCAACAGCAAACGACGACAAUUAAAUCCUGAUCGAACAAAGCUGUCAUCAGAUGGCUUCAUGCUGAAUUUUUUUGAUGUAAUGCUAAGUUUGGUCGAGAAGGUGACUUUUGAUAAGGUUAACACACUUUACAUAUUCCACCCGAAAUGCAGGAUUGAUUUUUCGGAUGAAACACGAUUAAAAUUGGAUUUGGAGCAGGCGAAAGCAUUUGCCAAAAAAAUUGAUACUAAUUUCGAAAUCAAAUUUCCUACGGAAUGUUUCUUCCUGACUGUGCAAGCGCAGCAUCUGUCACUCUCUUCUGCUAUUGGAUAUUUAAAAUAUUUGAAAACUACUCAGUAUGACGUUGAAAGCGGUAUAAAGGAGUUAAAAGCCCAAUUAAAUCGAUUAUUAGCUCUGCAAGUUAGAGAGAAAGCCAUUAUCGAAACAAAACUAGAACAAGCAGAAUCUCUUCGUGUUAAAAUAAUUCGAAGUCUCAUGUGUAUGGAAGCAGUUUUGUAUGAUCCAGUCUUUCUAUAUCGAACUCUCGAAUUCUGUAGUUGCCAACUUACUUUUAUUAUCAACAUUAUCAACCCUAACUUCUCUCAAAAUGGUUUACUUCCUCUAGAAGCGCCUGAAUUAUUUGGAGCAAUGCCUGAAUUCUUUCUAGAAAAUUCUCUAGAUUUCUUCCUUUUUCUCCUGAAAAAUAAUGCAGUCACGUUUGUGGAAAGUCGAUUAGAUUUACCUCAAAAACUGCUUAUAUUUAUUUGCAGUACUCAUUUUUUCAACAAUAAAUUCCUUGCAGCAAAGAUAGUAGAAGUAUUAUUCAUGAUCUGUCCGUCUAUUUUGCCUGCUGCGGUUCCAUUUUAUUUAUCUAUUAUCAAUUCACAACUGGCUAUUAAUAGACUCUUUCCUAAUCUAGUCAAAUUUUAUGCAGAUGUGGAAUCAACAGGAGCAAGCACAGAAUUUUAUGAUAAGUUCAAUAUCAGGAGGUCUAUACAAGUAAUAUUUCGAUCUCUUUGGGAAAGUACAAUUUAUAGAAGCAUUAUUACUUCCUAUGCAAGAAAUUGUCCACCUGAUUUCAUUCGUUUUAUCAAUAUGGUCAUCAACGAUGCUACAUAUUUGUUAGAUGAGUCAUUGCUUGCUCUGAAAAAAAUACAUGAUAUUGAGACUUUAAUGGAAAGCAAAGAGUGGUCUACUUUGGGGGAUGAAGAGCGUCAAAUAAAAGAAGAUGCAUUGUUUGAGGCGAAACGAGCUGUGCGGAACUGGUUAAUACUUGGACGCGACACAAUGGAUCUUUUUACGUAUCUGACUGCUAAUGCACCUCAGCCGUUUUAUGAACCAUUACUAGGAGAACGUUUAGCCUCAAUGUUGGACUAUAAUGUAUCGCAGUUAUGCGGUCCGAAAUGUACUGAAUUAAAAGUACGCGAUGCUGUACGAAGAUUUAUGUGGGAACCGCGAGCACUGCUUCAGCAAAUCGUGAACGUAUAUUUGAAUUUGUCGUCCGAGAAGUUUGCUGAAUGUAUUGCUAAUGAUGAGCGCUCAUAUUCCCCCGAAGUUUUCGCGAUGGUCCUUUCACGGUUAACUCUGAAUGGUAUAGUACCAAAUAAUGAUAUUGAACUUUUGAAGAAUCUUGCCGACAUGACGGAACGAAUUUGGAAGCAAAAAGCUCAGAAUGAAGAAGAUUUUGGAGAUGAUUUUCCUGAUGACUUCAGAGACCCUGUAAUGAAUACACUAAUGACUGAUCCUGUAAUUCUACCAUCAGGACAUAAAAUGGAUCGGAAACACAUCAUGCGUCAUUUGCUUAGUUCUCAGACUGAUCCGUUUACUCGACAGCCAUUGAAUGAAACUCAGCUUGUGACUGAUGAUGCUCUGAAAGCCAGAAUUCGUCAGUGGAUGAACAGCAAACUGCGUGCGAAGAAGGAAUGA